AUGAAAAGGCGUAGAACGGCCAAAGAAAAGAAUGCUGAUGACGAGGGAUUGGAUAGUGCUGCAGCUGCGAAUCGUUUUUCUACUUUUAUCAAUGAAGAGAGAAGUAAACGUGCACGAACCAAUUGGUCUAUGUUUGCGAAGAAGAUUCGUAAAGCCUUAUCUCAUACUGCAGAUCCUCUUCAAAGCGCUCUUGGGUUCUUCGAGAUUGCCAGAAACGAAUUAUCCAGCACUCGCGAGAGUUACCUUCUGAAAAGCAAAGAAAUCUGUAGCAUAUCUCUCGAGAUCCCAAUUUGUUUUGACCGUAUGUCUACUAAUAGUUUGAAAGGUUUUGAUAACACCGGUAACGCGCGUUUAUGGCCUGGGGGUGAGUCUUUGGCUUUUUUCCUUCUUCACAAUCAACACUUGUUUAAUGAAAAGACUGUAGUGGAACUAGGGGCAGGGUUGUUAGGGUUGCCUGGGAUUAUAUCCUCUUUUGGUGCAAAAUCUGUGGUUCUGACCGAUGGCAACGCUAACUCGGUGAGAUCACUAGCGAACAUCAUCUCUCACAACAAGCUAUCUGAUAUUUCUUCUCUGUUAUUACUGUUCGGAGAAGGUGUAAGCCAAGAAUUCGAGUUGAUACUAUUGGCUGACUGUGUUUUCUUCGAAGAGUAUCAUUCCUUACUCCUUGAAUCGUUUGAUAAACUUCUUACUGAAGAUGGUUGUGUUUUACUAUGUUCUCCUUAUCGUAAGGGUAGUUUGAAAGCUUUUUUAACUCUUUUAGAUUCUGAUAAAAGGUUUAUAUAUUCUCCCAAUUUGGCAUUUGAUAGUUUUAUUUCUUCUCAUUUAAAGCAUUUGAUUGAUGAACCUGAUCUUGUCUUACCUCAUUUAUUCGAAGAAGUGAUCAAAGCUGUUCAUUUAUCAAUUAUAAAGACCUCAGAAGAAGUAAAGAAAGAUAUACAGAGCUCUCAUUGUAAAGAUGUUCAGUUUUCAAAAGAAGUUUUAUCCAAAGUCUCUGGUUUGAUAUUUGAUAUUGUAACGACUCAUUGGACUUCUGACCUUUUAGCAUUCUCCAAACAUGGCAGUAGACAGAACUGUAAUAAUGAUGAUGUUCUACUAUUAGCAAGAAGAAAUGAAUCACUUCUGUCUACUCUCAUGAGUGGAAGCGUGAAUUCUGUCAACAACACUCCGAGAGGAAGACAGCAAAAAACUAAUAAAGAUUCCGACGAGAUCACAGUACUAACCGUAUUACCUUCUUCUCCGACACCUUUUCUUCCCCCCGAGAAGAGGCUUGAUUCACUCUCAUCCAGUUUUGACGAUGACAUCCAACGAAACUUGAUAACUCCUAAAGCUCAAGCUCCGUCUCUCAAGAGAGGAGUUACUCCGUUAGCAUCUUCUACUCCAUACAAGGGCGGGUCCCUGAAGAAGUCCGUUCCUGGACUUUCUUGUAUUACUCCUAUAAUUUCAAAAGGCGAUAAGAAAAUAUCGGUGUUGUCAUAUAUACCAGAAUGUGAAGAGAUAAUUGAAGAGACAACACCACUUCCUGAAGUUUUACCUGUCAUAGAGCGGAUAGAAAGUUCUUUUACCAGACAUGAUGUUUCACCCAGUCCUUCUCAAAUAUCUUCCUUUGAGAGAAUUAUUGAGCAAAACGAAGUACAACCGCCACAAUUUCAAAAUCCUGAUGACAGUUUUGACGUUUUCCAAGAAACUCCGCAGAAGACUGUCUCUAAAAGCAGUUUCAACGAUUCUUUUGAAAAUGAUGACUUUGUAUUGCAAAAGGCUAGUUCUAUCUCGAAAUCAAACCCGUCGCAUCGGAACAGUUUAGUUGGUGGCUCAUCGAAGCUACUGGACAGUGAUAGGAAUCCUUCAUCAUCUCCCUCAGAAACAGAAGAACUCUGGCAGGACAAAAUGAAUGAAAUGCCUUCGGUAUGCAAGACUGUUCCCAAGAAGAUAUCCAAGACCGAAGCUCCGUUCUCUUUCUCUCAAGAUUCUUUUGAAGCCGAGUCAAUUAAACGCCAAACAUCCAGAAUAGCUAACAAUGGGAGAAGUCAACCUGUACAAAGGAACCGGCGUUCUAACGUUCCGAUUUCAGAUCUAAUGAGCUCUUUCAUCGAGGAUGACACAGAUUUCGUUGGACUCGAUUCUUUGAUAUAA